GCCUGUUGAUGUGGUCUUCUAUUUUUCUAACUUAAUUCAGCUCUUUAGGUCAUAGGUAACGUAUUUCGCUCUAGACAUGAAAGUGAUAAAAGAUCCUGAUCUUCAUGUGCGGCCUUUCUAGUCACUCUAGCUUCAGAUUUCGUACCGUCAAUGACACAUGACACAGAUAUAGAGCUGCUCAAUUGCGAGGAUAUUCCUUUCUAGAACAUCAUUGUUAGAAGUCAAAUCAGUGUUGCUUGAGCUAUCGAAUCCUCUGUAAGUUCAUCUAUUUCGUCAUCUUCUUCAUUCCCUUGAGUGAACCUCUUUUCGAGCUGCAUUGUUUUGUCUGUGAUCAGUAUGAGUUUUUUAGGGUUUGACCUGGAUAUGCCGUUCUUAGUCAUCUACUGCAAAAUGUAGUCCCUGUCCCUGUUCCUCGUCCUUCUAUCGGAAGACUAGGGAAUCUAAAUUGAUGCAGUGAAAAUUUUAGUUUUGCGGACCGCGGCAAGACAGGGGAGAAGCUUCCUUCUCCUUCAUGUGCCAGCCACGAUGAGGAUUUAUUGCAGUGAGUAUCAGCAUUAAACAGGCUGAGGGACGAAGUUUUAGACAGCUCAAAUCCUCUGUGCAUAUGAAGGCGCCCGAUUUGGUCUCUGUAAUAUCGAUUUCCAUUUGCGGCCUCGAGAUAGAGGAUCGUGAGCUCGGCACAAUACCGAAGUCAUUAUGAAGAAUUGCUGGCCACUGUUCGGAGGUUACACCACGUAUGGGAUACGGAACGCCAAAUACACUUGGAUUUGAAUGUGUGGCUGGAGGUGAGCCGUGCAAUCUCAAAUGGGCUCCUACUUCUGCUGAAAUUGCAACUGUAUUACCAUCCACAUUGGAGGUUGUUAUCUGUAGCUCGGAUUAGCAUUCGGCUCCCUUGCAUAAUGUUCGGGCCAGCUGAUAGUGGAGGUUCUAAGAUGAAAGCAAUAUUAAAUAGGGCAGUCAGAGAUGAAACUGACUGCUCUUUUCACCUCGACGAUGUCCCCUAUGGUCUCGCUCUGAUCUUGGCACUCUUUAAGGCAAAGGCAAAGGGAUUGAACCAUUCUUAAAGAGGUUGAAUGUCGGCAUUGACUUAGGAUUCAAAAUCACUGUUAACCUUGUCACUGAAGUGACUUUUUAUUGGUAGAUACAGAACACAAGUAUCAUGAGGCGGAUAUUGUCCGCCGCCGACAUAAGGGUCUUCUUCUCCUCUUCAUUUCUUCAUCUGCGGGAUCUCAAUUGGGUCAUCUCUCCUGGGAUUCCACAGCGAGCCGAUUGUUAACUGGGCUUGGUAUGGGGCUCAUUUGCUAAGAUUGUAGCAGUACAUUAGUAAAAGUUAUUGAUCUCCACCUCGGCCUUGUACUCGAUAUCCAUAUCAGAUUAUAUGGACU